UCGCUACUGACUACCCCAGGCCAUCGCUGGUUCAGCCAUCACCAGAGUGGCAUUCAUCUAUUCUUCUUGCCAGCAUGGAGGAGCCGCAAGUUCUGUCCAUCCAGCAGCGGAUCGCUGCCCUUAACCAGGCCCAGGUUCGUCCGCGUCCUGUUCCUGUUCCUCGCUUGACUACUUCUACAACGACGACGACUUCGACGACGACCUCUCCAUCGCCUGCCUCAGUGAACAAUACUCAACAGAAUGCUGUUCCUACUCCUCCUCCCUUGCCGGCGCGGAAAUCGUCCUCGUUGUUGUCGACGUCGUCAACCUCCUCCCAGGCCGCCGCCCCGGCGCUUCCCCCGCGCAGACCCUCGGCCGGAAUCCCCCCUCGACGGCCCUCGACAGAUUCCAUCGUGUCAGACAGUUCGACGUGGUCGGCAGCGACGAGUGGAGGGAGCAGGGCGUCGGGGAGAUCGCCGUCGAUGCCGGGGAAUAAUCGUGUCCGGGCCCCUGCGUGGGGGGCUGAGCUGCCGCCGCUCCCUGCGAGAAGAGUCUCAGCAGCAGCGACGGUGCCAGGCGUGGAGGUGAAAUCCGAGAUCAGAUCCAGAUUCAAGAAUUCAAAGAGCCACGAGAGUCUGCCAAAGGUGCACCUACACCUACAGACAACCCCCCCGGUGCCCCCGGUGCCGCCUCUCCGGCGAGACUCCAGCCAGGAUGUCGGGGACACCCCCCCGCGUCUGGCGCCCCGGCUUCCUCCAAGAGUUCCCUCGAGAGACCGGCUGAAACGCUCGCAGACGUCUCCGGGCGGGGGGACAGUUGUGGAAACGGUCGAGGUGUCGCUGCCCAUCAGGAAGCUACCGCCUGCUCCCAUCUCGGGUGCUGCGGCGGAUAAGUUGCGUCAGUCGGGAUUCGGGGGCCUGAAGUCGACAAUUCCAGAGAUUCCAAAGCUUUCUUUUGCCAACGGUGGACCUCCGCCGCCGGUGCCUGUGUCGUCCCGGCCGGACCUGUCGAAGAUCCAGGCGACCAAGCCACGCGUAUCGACUACUGUCUCGACGGGCUCCGGGUGCUUGAAAUGCCGUGAUUUCUCCGCCCCAGACGCCCACGCGGCGCGGUUCCCGCGGGCAUCGCUGCCCUCGCAGGACCUGGCGUGGCUGGCGCGAGAGCUGACGGCGCCGUUCCCCUCGGCGACCGACCGGGCGAGAGCCAUCUUCACCUGGCUGCACUACAAUAUCUCCUACGACGUACAGAGCUUCUUCAGCGGGAACCUCCAGCCCGCCACGCCAGAGCGGACCAUGUCCACGGGCCUGGCGGUCUGCGAGGGCUACGCUCUCCUGUUCGCCACUCUGGCCUCGCAUGCAGGCCUCGAGGCCAUCAAGGUCUCCGGCCAUGGCAAGGGAUUCGGCCACCACGACCAAGCGCCCGGAGAUCCCCUGCCGCCCUACACCGGCAAUCACGCGUGGAAUGCCGUCCGGCUCGACGACGGGCGCUGGAAGCUGAUCGACUCCUGCUGGGGCGCAGGCCACAUCGACGGGCCCGGCCGCCCGUACGUCCGGGAGUUCAACCCGGUCAAGUUCAGCGAGACCAACGACGAGUUUGGCCUCCGCCAUUUCCCCGCCAACAAGGAGCACUUCUUUCGAGACGACGGCCGCCCAUCCAUCACCUGGGAGGAGUACAUGCGUGGCGACGGGCUCGAGCAGCCGCGCACCUUCGACAUCCACAAGCGGUUCAUCGGCGAACGGACGUUCCACCCCGCGGCAAAAACCCUUUCCAUCUCCCAGCCAGGGCCCAUUCGCUUCCAGUUCGCUCUCCUCUGCGAACAUUGGUCCCUCGAGCGCCACGCCAAGGAGAAACCGGGCCUUUUCCUCCUCAUCAUCCACGGCCUUGAUGGCCGCCACGACGAACGGCUCCCGCUCACCCACGUCCGCGGCAGUACCCCGGGCGGCGGCGGCGAUUUCUGGUACUUCGACCUCCAAGACCCGCGUACCCUCGGUGCACCGGGCCAGAAGGCUUCCAUCGCCGUCUUGACCAAGUUUGGUGAUCGUGACGACUGCCGCGGUCUCACGGCUGAAGAGUACCUGGCUGGCUUUGGGCCGGGCAACGGCGGCAGCUUGGCCUGGUCUUAUAUUGCUGAAUGGGAGUUGGUCUGAAUGUUUAUUUUGGGAAUCAUGAUAUCCUUCCUUCUAUUCUUAUUUCUAUUCUUUGGACUGGCGUUGGUUGGACAGCGCUUGCGCAUAAUGAUAAUGAUAUAAUCCUCCCCAAUCGAUUCCGAACACAUUUCAGGCAUAAUUCAUUAUAUGAACGCACCAGUUGUUCUUGCAUGUACCUGUGCAGAGGUCCUCAGGCUGGAAUCCACUGCACUUGAAUCACAUUCACUCCAUCACGUCGCACGAGGCAGAUAUCCGCUCGACGUAGCGUCAAUACCAAUACAUCGAUAUCCUUCACGAGGUUGUC